AUGAGCAAUGUUAACAAGGAUCUGAUAACUGGAGUACUUUUCUCGUCUAAUGCUCGUACAGUGUGGUUUGCGUUCAAGGAACGCUUUGAUAAUGUCGAUGGAUUGAGGCUAUACUAUCUGCACAAGGAGAUUUUCACAAUGACUCAAGGAAUUUCUUAUGUUUCUACAUAUUUUACCAAGCUCAGAGACCUAUGGGCAGAGUAUGAUUCCAUCUUGCCUCCACCUCCAGCUGCAGAGUAUGUUGAACAGUUGGAAUAUCAAUGUCUAUUACAAUUUCUCAUGGGAUUAAACGAUAGCCUUGAACAAGCUAGAAGCCAAAUCCUCUUAAUGCCUACCUUGCCGUCUAUCAACAAAGCCUAUGCUAUGGUAGUUCAAGAUGAAAGCAGGCGCAUGAUCACUGGUAGCAGUUAUGGAAAUGCGGGAAACAUUGAGCCUACUGCUCUGUUUACUACACAAUCAGGAAAAAAAGAAGGAAUUAUAGUUUGGAAUGUGACCUUUGUCACCUAA